AAGGAGUGCGUCCGUACGCUAAACGCCUGCUAAACGCGAGAGGGACUCAGACAGCAAUAACAUCUCACUCAUCAAUAAGACAUUUUGAAUGAGUUAAUAAAAUAGCUUGCCUUGAAGGUAUCGUUCUCUCUGAAUAUACACUAUUUAAUCUAAUGACCCUCAAUGGAAAAGAUCUGAAGGACAACUCUUCAGCGUCUCCAUCCACAGGAAAGCGGCUCGCUCAGGCAGAUAAGCCCUGGAGGUCCCUUAUCAUUCAGAUAUGGCAAUCAACACGGAUGCUGCCUUUGGCAAAAGCGCGCUGGGCGAGCGGGACGUUUCCAAUCCCACCGACUUCCAGGACACGGAGAAGCUGCUGAGCGCCGCGACCACCGAGCCCACCGGGCAGAGCAACAUCAAACCGUCGGACUCGUUCUCCCUCAACAUCAGAGGGAGCGUCCAGUCCCUGGAUGCGGACCAGAACGGACACCGAUCCCCGUUAAAGUCGGGCUCAAUCGGGCAGCUGACGGCCCCACCCAACUCCCUGUCCCGCCUGAACCUGGGCCCGCCGCCCUCCUCGGUGUCGCCCGGGGUCGUACCGCCGAGUUACUUCUGGCUCGCCGUGCUGUCCUGUUUCUGCCCCGCCGUGCCGCUCAACAUCUGCGCCCUGUGGUACGCCAAUGUGUCGCGGUCUGUUCUCCAUACAGGAGAUAUUGAAGGGGCGAGGAAGUAUGGGCGUCUGUCCAUGCUGCUGAGCUGUCUGGCGAUGCUGCUGGGUGUGGCUGUGAUCAUCUUCAUAGUGCUGACAAUAGGUAGGGAGAGAAAGACACACAUCAGGCAUGGAGGCGUAAAGGUGUGUGUGUGUGACUUAUGCCUCCUUUUUCUCUGCUUCUCAGAGAUCCAGAAGUGAACUCUGGGAUGGGAUUGAGUGUCAUCGCACCUCUCAAAUUUGCACAGAAGAGAGGUGAGAAAAAAAAAAGCUGAAGAGAAACAAUGUUUUGCUUUUUCCUGCUAUGGACCAAAGAAGAAAGAAGAAAGUAAAGAAGAAGGUUGCAGGGCGCUUCCUGUUUCCCCGGUAACACUCAUGUCCAAUAACCCCACAAACUCAGGAACAAAGGAAGGACAAUGAAGUUGUCGUGUGGGAUCAUCAGACAGCAGAGGAGAACGUGUUCAAACUAAUGGGGCACUGAGGUACACACCUGCCUGACACACACAUCUGGCAUUUGCGUAUUACAAAAAUACAGCAGUAGAUAAGCGGAACGCGCAAAUAAUAAUACAAUGAAAAAAAAUGAAUAAAAACCAUAAUAGUAUUCUUGUGGUCAGAGAAAAACCAAAGUAUAGUCUGUAAUGCCGCCACUGCCUGCCCUGUUUCUAUUAAAACUACGUAAGUACAGACUGUAUGUACUGAUUUAAUACCACUGUUUACAUCAAGUUUAAAACUAUGUUUGUCCUGUUGCAGUCAGACUGUGACGUCUUGCUUUGUGUGCUACUAUGAUUAACGGAUCGGACUGCCUGGAUCUCUAAAUCUCAUUACGUUUACAAUAUA